AUGGGGCAUUGGCUCGUCGAUGCCAUCAAGGCCUUUGUCCUCAGGAUCUACGCGGUGAUCUAUGCUUUUGUGAUGGGCAAGAAGCCAGCUUUGGGAAGCAAUCAUGAUGGGGCUACAGGAGCACAGUCGAGUCCGUCCAAGAAAAAAAUAGGAACCUUUGAUCCGAUGGCCUCUGCUCGGCUUCCUGUCAACCUGCAAAAAUUGACGUACAUCAACAAAGUAUCUGAGUACCAAUAUGGCCAACCCAUUAUGAUCGAAAAGUUUGCCACGUGGUGCCCCCCUUGCCGCGCGAUGAUUCCUCAUCUCUCCAAAAUGGCUAAGAAGUAUAAGAAUGUAUACAUUCUCAGCGUUUCUGAUGAAGACGAGGCGACAGUUAGAAGUUUCGCCUCGAAGAUUCCAGCUACAAAGGACUACAACCUUGCAGUAGAUUCGUCGGGCGACGUCAAGGCACUAGCAUCCCGGGAGAACAUUAACGGCAUCCCUCAUGCAUUUAUUUAUGAUGGAUCGGGAGCUUUGAAAUAUUCUGGCCAUCCUAGUCAAUGCGACAGUAUCUUAAAGCUUCUCAAUGAUUCGUACAAAGCGGGAGCAUCGCACGGAGGAGACUCUACAUUUACAGGGGCUUCUAGAAAGUUGUGA